UCAGUCACAUCCUCCGCUUCCAACAAGCAACAACAUCCCGGUUUUGCACAGCAAACGAAACAACACUGCCACAAUGAAAUUCGUCGUUGCAUUCGCUGCCGUCCUUGCCUUGGCUUUGGCUGCCCCAGUCGACGAGAAGGAUGCCCAGGUCCUAAAGUUUGUGAACGAUGCUUCCGCCGACGGUGGAUAUGCCUACCAGAUUGAGACCAGCAACGGUAUCCAAGCCCAGGAAACUGGCGAAGUGAAGAGCUUCCCAGAGGAUGUGGUUGCCGUCGUUGUCAAGGGAUCCUACUCGUACACCGGCCCAGACGGUGAGGUCUACACCGUGAACUACAUCGCCGAUGAGAACGGUUUCCAGCCAGAGGCCGCCCAUCUGCCAAGAGCCUAAACACUGCCACAACUGCCACAACCUCCUCAGUCACAAAAUGUACACACCCUCACAACUUACUCAUCCUGUAAUCUAGUGUAAAUAAUCGCCACAAAAAUGUACAAAAUGGUUUCGAAAAACGUGUAAAAUAAAUUGUUACAGUGCUUAAAUAUUCAAA